AGUUCCGUUUUGAAAUAAAAUCAGAGCGAAUGAAUAGAAAAUGCAGGCCGACAAAGAUAUAUUUAAGGGCUUGUAAAAUUCGUACUCGAAACAGUUAGAAAUCAAUUUGAAUGGUUAAAUAUGGUUCUUAUUUGUAUAUAAAGUAUGGCUUGGAUUCUAGGAAUUUUUCUACACCUAACUUCUUUUGUGUUUGCCUUCGCCCAAGUGGAGCUUAAGGAUGAGGAUUACAAUAAGACUUGGAUGUAUAUGCCCAAUGGUGACGGAGAUAUGGUAGUGGCUUAUCUAGUUGAACCACCAGCCGAGCACGAUCGUAGUGAAAUCUCCGAAUUCAUACAAUUUGAGUAUUACGACAGCUCCAGCCCAAAUAAACCGUUAGCUACUGCGAUUUCGCUUGUUGAAAAGCCCAGUACUACAGCUCAUCACCGACGACGUAAGCGUGAGACCUGGGAGGAACUUGCCGAUAGAUUCAAGGCUGAUAUAAAUACGAAAAUACUGGUACAUGGCUGGAAAUCGAGCUCACGCAGCAAUUCCAUACAAGCCAUACGCAUGGCGUACACCGAACGUGGCAAUGUGAAUGUGUUCGCUAUAAAUUGGAGCGAUCAGGCGGCGAAUAUUUACUACCUUGAGCCAGCGCGCUAUACAGUGCAAGUGGGUAGGGCGGUGGCGAAAUUAAUUGAUUUGUUGGUGGACGAGAAAGGUGCUGAUCCACAGACUAUCCAUUUGAUAGGGCAUAGCCUAGGUGCGCAUAUAAUGGGUUACGCAGGGUCAUAUUCUAAGUAUCGGGUGGGACGCAUUACAGGUUUGGACCCUGCGCGUCCCGCUUUUGAAGGAAAUACUGGUCCAGAGAAUCACCUCGAUGUAACCGAUGCAGAAUUUGUUGAUGUCAUACACACUUGUGCGGGUAUUUUGGGCUACAAACAACCAAUAGGUUCGGUCGAUUUCUAUCCAAAUGGAGGUGGCGCCUUUCAGCCGGGCUGUAAUCAGCCGGCGCAAAUAUUUACUGGAUGCAGUCAUGGCCGCUCUUGUGAAUAUUUCGCCGAGUCCGUUAACAGCGAAAAGGGAUUCUUGGCCAGCGCUUGCAAUUCCAUUGUGGAUGCUAAUGCAAUGAAUUGUACUGGACACCGAAUUUUAAUGGGAGAUCCGGUUUUGAAAAAUGCACGAGGCAUAUAUUCGGUGAAAACGGCUGAUAAACCAUAUUUUGCACUUGGGAUUGAUGGAUAAAAAAGUAUGAUUUUAAUAUAAAGGGAGCAAAUACAAACUAUGCAAAUGAAAAUAAAAUAAAAGAAAUGAAAUGGAGUGAAAAAAUAGUAGUAAUAAAAAAAAUAAUAAUAAAAAAAAAUUUAAAAAAAAAUAUAUAUAAAAAAAAAAUAAAAAUAAAACAAAAAUAAAAUAAAUAAAAUAUAAAAUAAAACAAAAUCAAGUACAAUAAUAUUGGAAUUAUGUUUUCAGGUUCUACUGGAUAUACUUGUAAACAUUCACACACA